AGAUGGAGGGGGCGGCAGGUAGGAGAUCAACAUGACUUCCACAGUUCCAGGCUCACGCGAUCGGGGGACGUCGCCGGUCUUCACGAGCACACGUGUUACUAUGAGGACGCCGGAGGUUUCUUUCUUGGAUUUACAUUCAAACCGGAGCAGAGCAACCUUCAAUCUGCCGUGAGGCGUUCACGUGUAACGGAUGUGAUGCGUUUUGUUGCCUUUUCAAACUGUUUUGAGAUUGUUACAAAUGGACGGUUUUUUUUAGGCUAAAGUUUUUUUCUUUUUUUUUUUUUGUUCUUCUUGACUCUCACGCAGCGGACUUUAAUAUUGCAUCAUUUGUCUUAUCAGUUUUGCCUCAGUUGUUUUCUGGACCCUCAGCAGAUGCAUCUUGCCCGGACUUUUAUCCGGAAAUAACAACAGUUAUGGGACAUUACAUUUACACAUUUUUGUCAAAAGGAGUUGCCUGAUUUUUAAAAGCAGCAAAAUGUAUUCGGAAAUGCCCGGCAACAUGGCAGUUAACUGGAUUUUGUAUUUUGUCUUUCUGCUGCCGCUGUUCGCGGUGGGGACGGCUUUCUCGGGGGUUUUCAACGCCACGGACAGAGACAUUUUCACAGAUGACUUGCUGCAGGUCAAGCUCACACAAGCCGGGCCGACUGAGCCGUGGAAACUCCUCUCCUCGGAUUCCCAUCCCAACCUAUAUUUUAACCAAGUGGAUGUGUUGCACUUGAGGCAAAGGUCCUCCACCACCCACAGUCACAUAUUUAAAGUCAUCCGCGCCGCUGCGCUCACUAUGUUGGCAAAUGUUCCCUUUUACAUGCCCCCUGCCAAACAUGCAGAGUUUACAAGCAAGUGGAAUGAGAUUUAUGGCAACAACCUGCCCCCCCUUGCGCUCUACUGCCUGUUGUGCCCGGAGGACUCUUCUGCCCUGCAGUUUCUUAUCAGGUUUAUGGACAGGAUGGCUGAAUACCCCGACUGGAAGGUGACCAGUGCUCCCAACGACGAGGUCCCCAGUGCGCACUCUCUCACUGGGUUUGCUACAGCUUAUGACUUUGUUUACUCCUACCUGGACGGGAGGCGGAGGAAUGUUUACCUCCGGAAGAUCCGCUCCGAGACGGAGGAGCUGUUUGACCUCUCAAAGCACAGAGGGUGGGGGAAACAGUACCUCCAAAACCAUCAAACCACCAACAUAUUAGCCGUCCUGAUCGGCGCGAUAGUGGUAGGAUCACACGGCGACCGGGAGUCAGUGAUCUGGAAGCAAGUGGCGGUGAACUACAUGGAGAAGACGAUGUUCCUCCUGAACCACGUGGUCGACGGUUCCCUGGAUGAGGGGGUCGCGUACGGGAGCUACACGGCCAAGUCCGUCACGCAGUACGUCUUCUUGGCUCAGCGCCAUUUCAACAUGGACAACCUGCAGAGCAACUGGCUGCGGGGACACUUCUGGUUCUACUACGCCACCCUGUUGCCGGGCUUCCAGAGGACGGUCGGCAUCGCCGACUCCAACUACAACUGGUUCUACGGGCCGGAGAGCCAGCUGGCGUUCCUCGACGCGUUCGUCAUGAGGAACGGGACGGGCAACUGGCUGGCUCAGCAGAUCAGAAAGCAUCGGCCCAAGGACGGUCCCAUGGGGCAGUCGUCUGCCCAGCGCUGGGCGACUCUUCACACGGAAUACAUCUGGUACGACUCCCAGCUCGCGCCGCAGCCCCCCCACGGCUUCGGCAGAGCGAGGAUGCAUAUUUUCUCGAACUGGGGCGUGGUCACAUACGGAGCGGGCCUGCCGAACGGCCAGGGCAACACUUUUGUCUCCUUCAAGUCCGGCAAGCUGGGCGGCCGGGCCGUCUACGACAUCGUCCACGACAAGCCGUACUCCUGGCUGGAGGGCUGGAACAGCUUCAACCCCGGUCACGAGCACCCCGAUCAGAACUCCUUCACGUUCGCCCCCAACGGGCAGGUGUUUGUGUCCGAAGCGCUUUACGGUCCAAAGCACAGCUACCUGAACAACGUUUUGGUGUUCGGCCCGUCUCCCACCAGCCAGUGUAACGCGCCGUGGGAGGGUCAGCUGGGGGAGUGCGGCAAGUGGCUGCGCUGGUCCGACGCCGGGGUGGGCGAUUCCAGAGGGGAGGUGAUUGCCGCCUCCUCGCACGAGGACACCAUGUUUGUGAGCGGGGAAGCAGCGGCGGCUUAUUCCCCCGCCAUGAGGCUAAAGAGUGUGUACAGGGCUUUAGUCCUGCUGGACUCACAGACCAUGCUGGUGCUCGACCACGUGGAGAGGUGGAGUGAUUCACCUGUAAAGUCCCUCAGUGCGUUUUUCCACAAUCUCGACAUUGACUUUAAAUACGUCCCCUUCAGAUUCAUGGACCGAUACAACGGCGCCAUGAUGGACGUGUGGGACGCUCAUUAUAAAAUGUUCUGGUUCGACAGCCAGGGUCACAGCCCUGAUACCAGGAUACAGGAGGCGGAGCAGGCGGCCGAGUUUAAAAAGAGGUGGACUCAGUAUGUCAAUGUCACUUUUCCAGUGACGGGCGCGGUCAGCAGAGUCGCUUACGUCCUACACGGCCCGUACGUCAAAGUGUCCGGCUGUAGGUUUGUGGACGACAGCAAAAAUGGAGCGAGACUGUCUUUAACAAUAAACAACACAGAGAGGAUAGUGUCCAUUGCAACAAACUAUAAAGACAUAGGAGCGAGGAUGACCUAUUUAGGAUUUGGAGGUCACUGCAAAGUUGAGGAUAGACAUCAAAUCACCCGAUACGGCCUUGGGACUCAACCCAUCCCCAAAGCGAUCGACAGUAACAAUCAGAUGUUUGACUUUGGCCUCAGACUGAAUGUAAUAGCCGGGGUCGUCCUCUGUGUGGCCAUUGGAUUCUUGACCAUGCAGAGAAAGUUUUACGUCUGCUUCAGCAGGCUGAUGCGUUACGCCCUCCCCUCUGUGCUCAUUCUGUGGAUUGCCGAGCUGCUGUUUGUGUCCAACAGCUGCGAUCAGCUCCUCUGUGGGGUAAAAUGGAAAGUUGCGGGCGCCAAAAGCGAAGCGAACGAGCAGCAGACGCUCCCCCUGCCCACCGUCGUCAUAACAACCCUCCCCGGAUCGGGAUCAGAGAUGCUCAAGCACCUUUUCCACAACAGCUCGGACUUUGUUUACAUUAGAGUCCCCACCGAGCACGUGGACAUUCCCGAGACCGAGUUUGAGUUCGACUCCCUGGUGGACGCCUGCGAGUGGACGAGGUCGGACGCCGCGCAGGGACGCUUCAAGAUGGUCCAGGGCUGGCUGCACUCGCUGGUCUACAACGCCAAGCUGCACUUGCAGAACAUUCAGCUGGCAGAGGGCAGCGGGGCCAGACAGCCCCAGAGGGUCGGCCCCGGCGGGGACGGAAAGAAGCGAUCCAGCAGGAGAGAGCCGGCGUCCGAGCUGAAGGGCAAACUGAGAGCGAGCCUCGCCAGAGAUGCGGAGUACGUGAGGGAGAUGAGGCGGCAUGUUGCGGAGUACCCCAACGCCCGGGUGGUCCUCAGCAUGCGGAGCGGAGGCUGGGGCCUCAAACUGCCUUUCGUCCAGGAGGUCGUGGGCCCCUCGCUGAGGACGAUCUACCUGGUGAGAGACCCUCGAGCGUGGAUUUAUCUCAUGGUCUAUAACAGCAAACCCAGCCUCUACUCCCUGAAGAACAUCCCGCAGCACCUUUCCUUGCUAUUCAAGGAGGACGCCGUCGGCGACGGGUGCCCGACGGCGGCGCCGGAGUUCGAGGCCAUCCGGGGGCUGCUGUCCGGCUCGGAGACGAACCCCGUCCUCGUCCUGGCCCACCUGUGGCUGGCGCACACCGCGGCGGCGCUCAGAGUCAGCGAGAGCCUCCCCGGCGAGUCCCACCUGCGGGUGAGGUUCGAGGACGUGGUCAACUUCCCGCGGGAGACGGCGGAGAGCGUACACGCGUUUCUGGGGGUGCCCGUCUCCCCCGCGGCCCUCAACCAACUCCAGUUCACCACCUCCACCGGCCUGUACAACCUGAUGUACGAGGGAGACAUCUCACCAGCCAACAUCGACGCGUGGAGACAAAACAUGCCGCGAAAGGACGUGAGGCUAAUAGAAGAGGUGUGCGGGGGUGUGAUGGGCCGGCUGGGCUACGCCAGCUAACCUGCUGCUGGUCAGCUGACACGCACUGUAGCCGCCGACCACUUCUGUAAAGUGUUUUUAAUUUAAAUUUUGUAUGGUUUUGCACUGACCUUGAAUCUUGAGAGUUGAGGGGAAACCGAGCAGCUUUUCUGUCUUUUGUGUCUUGUUGUGUUGCUUUGGGUGCAGUCAGCAGAUGUUUGUGAGGGAGGAAUAUUUUACAUUAAAAUAGGUGAAAGGGAGCUCAUAUCCUAUCCUUUUUUCCCCCCGCAGCCCUUCACACUCACCUGUAGCACUGCUUUUUUUUUAUUGAGUGGGACUUUUGUCCUUUUCUGUCGAAUGUGCCGAGGUGAAUUGAAUUUGAGCAUUCUCUAUGUUACUGCAGCAUAUUACAGCUCAGUGUCCCACUUAAGAUUAUUUACUGUUUGUUAGUUAGAGAUUAGAACCGAAUCUGUGAUGUCAAAGAUGUUUGUGUAAAAUCCAUAUCUGCUAUUGCUGGCUCAUUAGUUGUUUUUUGGGGGGGAGACAUCAAGAUAUUUCGACUGGAUUGAAACAGAUUCGUUAUGAAGCUCUAUAAGGAGUUGAGACUAUUACUUAUUGACAGUCCUGUAAUUUGUAGCUUUGGGAGAGAAUUUUGAAAGAGCACUUUGACUGCCAUUAAUUCAAUAUCCAAACUCCUAUUUCCAUUAUACACAAUGCUGCAAUGCUGCAACGCAGAGGAAAACAAAUACAGAAGCGCGAUGUGGAUUGUAUUGUCAUUACAUCAGAGGAGGGAUUUUAUUUGAAGCCUGAAUGUGUCACGAUGGCUUGGUGGCUUAGCACUUUGAUUGUAUGUUGGGUUCAGCGCGUUUUCCAGAGCUAACUGUGCUUUAUGUCCUCGAUUAGCUUGGAAAUGUGAAAACCUCUGAAGAUAUCAUUUGUAGAAGAAAGAAAGUUAGAAGUAUUUAUGGGUUCCAACUACGCAUAUCCCAAAGGAUCAGGACAGAAUAUGAUUAUUAUAACUCCCGUUGGCAUUUAUUGAAUUAGAUCAGAGGAAAGUGCUUAAUGGGAAUCAAACUGGAAAAAAAAAAACCUGUCAGCCUUGACACAUUUCUAGUCAAAGCAAUUUCCAAAGCAACCCCCUCAGCUACUCAUAUUAAUCUGCAAGAUGCCAUAACUGAGGCUUACCCCGUCUUUUAUUGUUGUGCUGUUUUCACUAUAAGAGCCUGAAGGAUAUGCAAACAAUUUUCCAUUUCCCGUCGUCGGAUAUCCAAUCGUCUUUUUUGUCUUUUGAGAGUUCAGCGAGCAGUGGACGGAGCCGGGGGAGGAUUAUUAAGUAAAAACACCCCCCGCUCUGCCGUUACAUUUGAUGCUGCCUUGCUUAAACAUGUACGUACUGUAAAAGGGUCACAUGUAACACGCACUUAAAGGCCGUCCCCUCUUAUCGGGACACAAAAUAUAAUAAAAAAAGAAGAUAGUGUGUUGUCUCGGCUUGGAACCGUGCCGUUGGUUCUCCUCUCUCGGGCUGCAAAGAACCCCGUUUGAUGUUUGUGAUCUUUGAAUGUGUAGACUUGGCGGACAUGCUUUCACUUUGCUGUCGCAAUCCUGUUACCAACUCUGUUUUGUAUUUGCUCGUGGGGAAUACGGUUCCUAGCUUCUGUGGCCUUGAAUCACAAUCAUUUUCUUUAUAAGGGUUUUCUGUGGGCAAGCGGUGGAGAUGAUGUAAAGAAUAUAAUAAAUUCAUAAAUAUA